UUCUGUGAUAUACGCAGUGUUCGUUUCAAUCUUUUAUCUUCAGAAUAUUCUGUACAUUAAAUUAAUAUCGGAUACCGAUUGUUCUUGCAAAAGCUCGUUAUGUCGCACGUAACCACUGACGUGAAAUUGAGGAGAUACAGAGUUAUUAAUAUUAAUUAUAACAAAUUCCCACGGUUGGAAAAAUUAUUUUGCAAGUCCAUAUCACGUAUCUGUCGGCAACUCGAAUAAAAAAAAAAAAACAGGAAUCACUACGAAAUAAGACUAAGGAACAGAAAUCAUGUCGCAAGAGGAGAGUCCCAUUAAAUAUCUCUUGGCCGGUGGUUUCGGGGGUACAUGCACGGUGAUAAUCGGACACCCUUUGGACACGGUAAAGGUCCGUCUGCAAACAAUGCCUGGAGAAUAUUCUGGUACCUGGGAUACGUUGAAGAAAAUCGUAAUGAAAGAAGGGCCUCUCGGCUUGUACAAAGUAAAAAAUCACCCAAACUGGACGUCUAGGGAAGGAUUUCAUCGACAGUUAUUCUGAAUCCCCAUUCAGGGUGUGACGGCGCCGCUUGUCGCAAUCACGCCUAUAUUUGCCGUCAGUUUCUUCGGAUUUGGUCUGGGCAAGAAGCUCAUGGCCACACCCGAUCAGGAAAAAUUAACUGACCCUCAGCAGUUUCUGGCCGGUGCUUUCAGCGGGAUGUGUACCUCCUUUGUCAUGGCUCCAGGGGAACGAAUAAAGUGCUUGCUUCAAAUGCAGACUGAGAGUGACAAGAAAUACAACGGGUUUCUAGAUUGCGGGUUGAAACUUUGGAAGCAGGGUGGAAUCCGCAAUAUAUACGUCGGGACCUGCGCCACUCUUCUUCGCGACGUCCCCGCCGCCGGGAUGUACUUCUUCACCUACGAGGUCCUCAUGCGGAAACUCCAGGGCAUAACUGUAUCGGAGGGUGCAAUGUGGCCUUCCCUGGUUGCCGGAGGUGCUGCGGGAAUCGCAAACUGGUCAGUUGGAAUGCCGGCUGACGUGAUAAAGUCCAGACUGCAGACAGCACCCGACGGAACCUAUCCCCGGGGUGUCAGGUCGGUGUUACCAAUCCUUAUCCGCGAGGAGGGAUUCCUCGCCCUGUACCGAGGUGUCAUACCAGUUAUGCUGCGCGCAUUUCCAGCAAACGCGGCCUGCUUUCUGGGCCUUGAAUUCGCGAUGAAGUUUCUCAAAGAACAUGCACCUUGGCUAUGAUCAUCGUGUUACGUCACGACCAGUGCUGCCGGCCUUGGAUUGGUUGGGAUCUGGAAAAAUAGGACAAUUUUCCCGACCGAUAAUUAUUCGUAAAACGUAUACAUUGUGUGAGCACAUGGAGAUUGGUUCAAGUUUAAGAUUGAUGGAAAAAGGUUCCAGCUCGCUGGUCAUAAUACGACACACGUCGCUUUAAUGCACAAUUAAUAAUCAAUCAUUGU